AUGACUCACAUAUGUGAAAUUUGCAAGAAAAGCUUCCCUCUGAUUAAAGAGUUGAAACAGCACUACAAGCAGACUCACAAACGUGGCUUAUACAAGUGCGAAUAUUGCGACUUCACAUCUAACGACAAGCAUGACUUGAAAAGGCACAGAGGUAAGCACAGCUCGAAGUCUUACCGAUGUGACACCUGCGACAUAAGCUUCCCUUCGAUGCAAGAGUCGAAACAUCACUUCAGUGAUAUACACAAGCAAAUCAUGUUUGAAUGCUAUUAUUGCAAGGAAAUAUUCGCCAGAAAAUGUAAUUUGAAAGAUCACAUUGGACGAAUACACAUGGACGAUAUCUAUGCGUGUACUGAGACCGGCUGUGAUAAGAAAUUCAGAGCGCUGCGAGAUCGGGAUAAACAUAUACGAGAUGUUCAUCAUAAGAACCAGGAGGAGAAGAAGGAAAGCGGUAGUCCGCAACCGGGACCGUCCUGGAAGAGUGACACUCCCAUGAGCGGCAAACAUUCCAAAAAGAGCAGCAAAAAGAACGUAAGAGCGCCUUACUCAUGCAAUAUCUGCAAAAAAGGUUUUAAUAAGAAAGAAGAGUUGAAACAUCAUCUCAGUGCCGAUCAUGGACAAGAUAUGCUCUGCUGCGAAACAUGCGGUUUCACAUGUAAAGACCAAAACUCAUUGAACGAACACACAAUACGGAAGCAUACGCAUGAGCACAAAUAUAUGUGUGAUGAGGAAGGCUGCGGCAAGAAAUUCAAAUUGAAGUCGGAUUUGACGAAACACAAAAGGCAGAAUCACUCGAAUAAGCCGUACACGUGCAAAAAUGUGGUCAUAAAGGUAGCCUGUCAAAUCUGUGGGAAGAAGAUAUUCAAUAACAACUUAUCUGUACAUUUAAAGACACAUGGUGAGAAGACAUUUGCUUGUUCUACCUGCGGUAAGAAGUUUCAUAGGAGAACACAAUUGCAAGGGCACAUGUUAACUCAUUCGCAUCAAAGACCCUAUGCCUGCAACAUUUGCAGCGCGGCGUUUAUGGAGCGACAGGCUUUAGACAAUCACAGGAGGGACGAACAUCCCGAUGCAUCUCCAAUCGAAUAG